AUGUCAGAAUCAAAUUUAUCGAAAAGUGAUUUAGAGGAAAUUUGUCAUAGCUUGGGUUUGCCUUCGGAAGGUGUAAAAGCAGAUUUGAUACAGAGGUUAAGGUCUCAUUCGAAUAUGAUGGAAAAUUCAAACAUGACUGUUGGAGAAAAUCAAACAUGUGCAGAGGACAUAAAUUUGUUUAUCGGCCAACAUUUGGCUGAGUUGGAUACAGCAGGUGAAAACCCUGAAAUAAAUUCAUUAAGAGAACGUGUGCAGCAAACGAGGAAAAUUAUUUCAGGAGAACCAUCAUUAAAUACUCACCAGGAUUCAGUGAAUCAACAGGAACCAGCAGACUCUACACUAACGCAAGAAAUAAGUGAUCAGUUAUCUAGAAAUUCCAUAAGACAAAACAAGCGGCGACUGCAAGAGGAUAUUAAUGAUAAUCAAGGUGACUCUCUCGAGAAACUGUUGGCUUCAGAGUUUAAAAAUUUGAGGAGUGUGAUAGCAGAUUUUGACUAUAAGUUAAAUUCUGUAGCAGCCCAAGUAAAUAAGGUGGAAAUAAAUGAAUCUUGGCCAAGUUAUAAAUUUGAUAAAGCUCGGGAUCAACAUGAAUAUGAUGCAAUGUGUGCGAUUGGGAAAGAGUUAGAUUUGGCGUUAGAUUUGCAACAUGCAACGAACAUUAUAAAUCAUGUGACUAGCACGCGAGAGUUUGAUAAAUUAUUGAAAGGUAAAAAAUCAUUGAUUGAAAAGGCUAAAGCACUGGCAGAAGUAUGUAAAAAUAAAAAAGGAAAACUUAUGGCUUGGAAGAAGCAACUACCCAGCCUUAUUGGAGAGGUUUCCAGAACUGUAAUUGGGGAUUUAGUGCAAAGAAUAGGUGUUAUACCUGUGGUGGUGCAGGACAUUAUGCAAACGCAUGCCCAUCUGAUCCCUAACAAAACUCAGAUCAAGGAAGAGGGUUUGAAUUUAAGUCAAGAGGUUACAAAACCUAUAGGAACAACAACAGCAGCAUUACUAGGAUUAGAGGCAUUUGUCAAUCUAAUUGCACAUCAUUGGGUUGUUGUCUAUAUAGACAAUCAACAUAAUGUUCAGAUUCACGAGUUUUGUUGGGUGUCUUUGCGAUUAAAUCUUGCAGACGAAUUAACUCGCUUCUUCGAUGAGUCAGAUUGGGAGUUGGUUCAGAACGGCAAAUAUUCUGGUCAUAGUUUAUGUAUUGGUGGUGCGACUGGUGCAAUGAAAGCAGGUGAUUAUGGAGGAUUUGAAGAAGUAAAAUUGAUAGCAGAAGCUUUAA